AAAUCCCGCGUGAAGAGCUGACUUUUAUUACUACCUUGCAAGUUAUAACUGACCUUGAAAAAAAAGUUUUCCCUUCAUAGAGAAAUGAGAAAAACCAUCCAACUACUGCCAAGUUGACUGCCAAUCGGCCAAUAAUGGCCAAUCAUGGCCAAUCAUGACACGCUUUUUUUAAAUGGUCAAUUUGUUGGUGAGCUUGCGGUGAUAGUUUGUUGUCUUCAUAAAAGCAUCCGCCCCUUUUAUCUCCCUUUUAGAUUUUUUAUUUUUCUUAUUAGCAAAUUUUAGUUUCAGUUGCCUUUUCAUUCCCAUCCCAUUUUCCACUUUUAAGUACAAACGUGUCUUCCCAGGUCAGAAAGGCUUGAACUUGAUCAAUUGUUUGGCCAAAAAAAUGGUUUUUUGAACUGGGUAUUUGAGAUUCUGAUUCUUUAAGGAGCAUCAGGAAUUGGGUUUUGCAGUUGCAGAUUUUGGUUCAUCCUGAUAAAUUUAGAACUGGGUAUUUGUUAUUGGAGAUUAUUCUAUUCAUCUGAGGCAGUGAAGAUUCUGGAGAUUGCAGAUGUUUAUUUGAUGGGAAUUUGGCUGUGAAGGAUUGGAAUCUUUAUUUAUUUGGUUUUUUUUUUUUCCCUUUCAACGAGAAGAGUUUGUAAUUCUUUGUUGUAUGGUUGUGUAUGCUUGUUGGGUUCUUUCCUGAAAAUCACGAGAUCAUUUACUAAUCCAUAAAACAGUCACAUCUGGAUUAUUUUUCUUUAUAAGUGGUUGCAAACAAGGUUUUUGUUUUCUUUCUUUUUAAGUUCUUAAUGAUUUGUCUAAGUGAUAAAGAACUGUCAACAGGAAUUCUUCUCUCAAUCCAAGAAAGUGAGAUAGUGACAGUUAAAACUUCUCUCAGAUGUUUGUGGGAGGGUUUCAUCGUUGGUUGUUAUUAGUUCGGUAGAUGUUAAGGAAAUCUUGGGCAGAAAAUAAGGAUUGUUCUAUUUUUUUUCCUCAUAUUAUCUAUUUCGCAAGAUUUGAGUGGGUUUAAGGAUUAGGAUUUAGGAGUCUUUUGUCAUGCUCCAUUAUUGAAGUUGAGGGACUUUCUAGGCCUUUAGAACAAACUUGUGAUAAAAAAAGCUUGCCUUUGGUCAUCAAUGGGAUUUCUAAGCCUUGUGGGAAAUUCCUUUGGAUGUUCUGCAUCUGGGGAACGCUUAGUUUCCGCAGCAAGAGAUGGUGAUCUUCAAGAAGCCAAGGCUUUAUUGGAAUACAAUCCAAGGCUUGCAAGGUAUUCAACUUUUGGAGUUCGCAAUUCGCCUCUCCAUUAUUCUGCUGCUCAGGGGCAUCAUGAGAUAGUUUCACUCUUGCUAGAGUCUGGAGUAGAUAUUAAUCUGAGGAACUAUCGGGGUCAGACUGCUCUGAUGCAAGCUUGUCAAUAUGGCCACUGGGAAGUUGUUCAGACUCUGAUUCUUUUUGGGGCCAAUAUUCACAGAGCAGAUUAUCUUAAUGGGGGUACUGCGCUCCACUUGGCUGCCUUGAAUGGUCAUUCCCGAUGCAUAAGGCUCGUUCUUGCAGAUUAUAUUCCUAGCAUCCCCAAUUGUUGGAAUAUAUUAAGGAAGAAAUCAAAAAAUAAAGAAUCUACUUCAGAAUUUGAUGAGAGUGCUCUCCGUGGGGUAAUCAAUAGACCUGCUGAUGGAGGCGUCACUGCUCUUCAUAUGGCAGCAUUGAAUGGGCAUGUUGAAAGUAUUCAGUUGCUCCUGGAUUUGGGAGCUUCUGCUAGUGAGGUGACUGUGGAAGAUGGAACAACAAUUGAUCUAAUAGGUGCAGGGAGCACUGCUCUUCACUAUGCUGCUUGUGAUGGAAAUGCACAAUGCUGUCAGAUUUUGAUAGCCAGGGGUGCCAGUGUUACUGCUACAAAUGCAAAUGGGUGGACUCCCUUAAUGGUCGCCCGUUCAUGGCGUAAAAGUUGGCUUGAGGAAAUCCUUAACACUCAGCCUGAAGGCCAGUCACAAGCUCUUCCUUCACCCUUUUUAUCUCUUCCCCUUAUGAGCAUUGUUAAAAUUGCUAGAGAAUGUGGAUGGAGGACUGGUGAUUCCUUACCCUCAUGCCAAGAUCCAUGUGCUGUAUGUCUGGAGAGGAAAUGCACGGUGGCUGUCGAAGGUUGUGAUCACGAAUUCUGCAAAUGUGCCUUAUACCUCUGUUCUACAAAUAACACCUCAAAUGUUGCUCAGGUCCAACAGGCUCAAUUGCCUGUCCCUCUUUGCCGGCAUGGGAUAGUAUCAUUUGUCAAGCUCCCAGGAACAAAAGCAACAGUUAAGGCAGUUGCAAGAACGAGUCUGUCCCUAUCUUUCUGCACAUGUUCUAGUGAGAUACCAGAGUCAACUUCAAUGACAACCCCGCUUUGCAAGCCUGAGGUCCAUUGCACACGAAUUUCCCCCUUUGGGUCUUCGUUCCGCAGCAUAAGCUGCCAGACUUUCCCAUCGAUGAAAAUCCACUCCAGCCUUUGCAUGGGAGCUCCAAACACUAGUCCUUCUUUAGUUCCCUGUUAUGCUGACCGGAAUCUGCGAAAUCACUUGGCUAUGUGCUCAAGAUCGGGCUUAAGACGCUCAGCUUCUGAGGGCCGAAGGUCAUGGUUUUCGGCUCUUAAUCAAUGUGUACCUACGGGCAGUGGGUUCUGAAUUUUUUUCUAAUAUCCCAUAUGAUAGAUAAUAUUCUCCUUUAUUUGUAAUUGUAAUAUGUUGUUAAUAAUGAUUCCUGGUUGUGUAAAUCCCAAACAUCUCUUAGCAGUAUUAUAAAUUUCA